AAGCCUUGCUCGCUGUGCCGCUAUCAUUUGGUCAACAAGCCGAUCUGACCAUCGUAGAACCUGAUAUUUGACUUCGCUGAAGACGCGGACCUCAAGAAGAGCAUCAGGGUCCACGUGAGGAUAGCCAGUAUGUUUUAUGCGAGAUGCGCUGCACAUGGUGUGCUGCUGGAGGUUCUUUGAUUAAGCCUUCCUUUCCGCAAGCAUUCUUCGCAUUUCAGUCAACUGAGGAGAUUGGCUUGACCACCGUUAUAAUCCUUGCUCGUCAGGUCCCUGUCGCAGUUGAAGGCGUCGUCUUCAUUUCAGGUGGUCUUUCUGACUCUGAUGCAGUGAAGUUCCUCAACGCGGUCAAUGUCGUCGCCAACAAGGUUCUUGCCAACUCUCCUCUUUCUCCUCUACCUCAUCUUACACUUUCAUUUGGACGCGGUCUGCAAGGUGAUGCUAUGCAGAAGUGGGUGAAGGGUGAUACGCUGAUGAAAAAUCUGUGAGGCCAGGGCUAAGACUUGCCCACUCACGGCAAAAGGCGAAGCUCUAAGCCCAAAACAUCAGAACUCAUCCGUU